AUGUUGCCUAGGCUGGUCUUGAACUCCUGGCCUCAAGCAAUCCUCCUUCCUCAGCCUCCCAAAAUGCUGGGGUUACAGGCACCGAGAAGAGCUCGGAAAAGAGCAGAAGGCACUGCCAGCUCCAACGUCUUCUCCAUGUUCGAUCAGUCCCAGAUCCAGGAGUUUAAAGAGGUGGUUUCACUGUCACCCAGGCUGGAGUGCAAUGGCGUGAUCUUGGCUCCCUGCAACCUCCACCUCGUGGGUUCAAGCAAUUCUCCUACCUCAGCCUCCCAAGCUUUCACCAUCAUGGACCAGAACCGCGACGGCUUCAUUGACAAAGAAGACUUAAGGGACACCUUUGCCGCACUGGGCCGCAUCAAUGUCAAGAAUGAGGAACUGGAGGCCAUGGUGAAGGAGGCCCCCGGGCCCAUCAACUUCACGGUGUUCCUGACCAUGUUUGGGGAGAAGCUGAAGGGCACGGACCCAGAGGAGACCAUUCUCCACGCCUUCAAAGUGUUCGACACUGAAGGGAAAGGCUUCGUCAAGGCCGAUGUCAUCAAAGAAAAACUUAUGACCCAGGCAGACCGCUUCAGUGAGGAAGAGAUCAAGCAGAUGUUUGCAGCGUUUCCCCCAGAUGUGUGCGGUAACCUGGACUACAGGAACCUGUGUUACAUCAUCACUCACGGGGAGGGGAAGGACUAGAGGAUGGCAGGUCUCCCCGACAUUCGGGGGCAGCAAACUGUCGGGGGAGGGGUGACAGAGCGCCUGCAGCCAGAGGGGGCGGGGAAAAGGCUUCCCUCGUCCUAUGAUCGGGGACAAAGCAAG